AUGUUGGCUGUAAAGAAUUUUUUUAUGCCCGAAAAACGGGUUGACUCACCGCGAUUCUCUCGCAUGCCCGAGGCCUUGAUGAGGUCCAUAAGGAGGCGCUCGUUGAGGGUCAAGAGGACGAAAUCCCUUGUGCUUGUAAAUGAGAAAAGGAAGUCCGAUUCGUUCGUCAACAGUCAAGAAUGGACCGCAUCACGUGGUGUAACAGAAUUACGGGUAGGAGUCUUAGGCUCUCCAGACAGUGGAAAAUCUGCUCUGGUACAUCGAUAUCUUACCGGUGCUUACAUGCAAGAAGAAAGUCCAGAGGGUGGUCGUUUCAAAAAGGAAGUAAUAAUUGACGGUCACAGCUACCUACUGCUGAUAAGGGAUGAAGGUGGGCCACCGGAAAUGCAGUUUACGGCAUGGGUGGAUGCAGUAAUCUUCGUAUUUAGUCUUGAAAACGAAAUAAGUUAUAAGACUGUUUCAACCUACUUCAAUAAGAUGUCACACUAUCGUAAUUCGGCUGAAAUUCCAAUAAUACUGGUUGGUACUCAAGAUGCCAUAAGUGAAAGUAGUCCACGCGUAGUAGACGAUAAUCGAGCUCGUAAGUUGUCGAAUGAAUUGCGGAGAUGUUCCUACUAUGAAACAUGCGCGACGUAUGGCUUGAACGUAGAACGAGUAUUUCAAGAUGCGUGUCAGAGGAUUGUCGGUACGAGAUUGUCAGCUUCAUCACAGUGCCUGGCUGGGUCCAGGCCAGUUACACCGCAGCCUUUAGCAAAUUCACCAAGUCACAAUCACUCAUCCUUUUUAUACAAGGAUUCUCUGCCGCGGGGCCAUCACACGCUUUCUGCGUCGUCCCACCACUUACACCGGGGUGCUUCGUCCUUCGACGCUUCCUCCAACAGUAGCGGGAUCUCCUCCACCCACGUGGUCGAAAUACACAGCACCAACGGUUCUGACACCUCUUCGCGAUGGGGAAACUCGCUGGGCAGUCACGGAUCCUCGUCCGGGUUGGUUUCGAUCGCCACGGAGAACAACAACGUAAAAUUUACGGCGCCACAUUGUCUCGACAACCUACAGCCGGUGAAGGAUCCCAAGGAUCUCCCCACUCCAUCUUCAACCCCCACUACUUCGAGGAAGUCCCGGAGAAGAUCAAAUCUCUUCACGCCGUCCAAGAAAGGGGACGAUAGGUUUAAGAAUGGGGAGCUUGGUUCGGGGAGGGCGAUACCAUUGAAACAGGGGUACUUGUACAAGAAGAGCAGUAAAGCACUGAACAAGGAGUGGAAAAAGAAAUACGUGACUCUCUGCGACGAUGGGAGGCUCACUUAUCACCCUAGUUUACAUGAUUACAUGGAGGAUGUGAACGGCAAGGAGAUCUCACUGCAGUAUGUGACGGUCAAAGUGCCGGGACAGAAGCCACGGGGCUCGAAAUCCAUCAUCACAACUGUGCCCGGCUACAACGGGUACAGCAGCUUCGACAUCCACGACAGUAUCGGAGGAUUAUCACUAGGUUAUAAGGAGAAGCCAACACGAUUAACAGACAAAGCUCUUAUGUCAGCGUUUGAUACGUUGAAAGAACCGGCCUCAAGUAGGCAGUCCCUGGCGUCGGAAAUAGAAGUCGGCUCGACCAAUGGCACGGACAAAGAUACGCCUCAUGUCAAAAAGCGGCACAGGCGGAUGAAGAGCAGCGGGGUGAAGAAAGACGGUGAAGAAGAGGGUGAAAGUGCGACGUCGUGCGAAUUCACCAUCGUCAGUUUGGACGGAAAACGAUGGCGCUGGGAAGUAGGCAGUGGUACCGGAGCAGCCGCCGCCGCCGAGAGAGACGCCUGGGUUGCAGCCGUCGAAGCACAGAUUCUCGCUUCACUACAAGGCCGGACGUCCCGGCAGCCGGCACCAACGGGCGCGAACUCGACGGGCGACGUGCGCGCCACGCAGUACGUGCGCCGCGUCAAGGGCAACGACCACUGCUGCGACUGCGGUGCUAUGGAUCCCGAUUGGGCGAGCUUAAACCUUGGUAUACUAAUUUGCAUAGAGUGCUCCGGAAUACACAGAAACCUCGGAUCGCAUAUAUCGCGAGUGCGGUCGCUGGAUUUAGAUGAGUGGCCCUUGGGCCACGUGAGCGUCAUGGUGUCCAUAGGGAACGCGCUCGCAAACUCGAUAUGGGAAGCAGAUUUACGAGGCCAUAUCAAACCCAUCGCUACAUCCAGCCGAGAGGAGAAAGAAAGAUGGAUACGUUUGAAGUAUGAGCGGCGCGCGUUCCUGUCGAGCAGCGAGGCGAGCGUGAGCGGGGAGGCGCUGCGGGCGGCGGCAGCACGCGGCACCAUGCCCGCCAUCCUGCGCGCGCUGGCGGCCGCCGUGCCGCCCACAGCGUCGCACCGCGCGCACUGCGCCACCGAGCGCUCGCUCGCGCUGCGCGCCGCCCCGCCGCCGCCGGACACCUGGCCGCCGCGCAGCUGCUCGUGUGGCACAACGGCAACCCGAACUACCCUGACUCUGACGGACACACUUGCGUCUUCUACGCCAGGGCAGCAGCUAACCACUUGUCCGGGAUUCCAAUCCAGUACCCGAAGAACCUGCAGCUGA